AUGGAAGACGUCCUAUCUCGAGCCUGGGCGCAGGUCAAAUGGGAGGAAGACGUCACCAGCCGUGCCAAGGUGCAACAAAAGCAAGAUCCCAAGAUGACCAGACCAGACCGAACAGAGCGAGACGAGAAACCCUCUCAAAGACCAGCUAGGGACUUUGGGAAUCGAAACCGGGGCAGGGAGUUCCUUUCCGAGAAGGCCAAGAGCCAUCUAAGCAAGAAGACAACGGGUAAGCCCACUGGAGCUGCUCCCGUCUCGCCACCGCGACAGGGCCGAGUGAUCCAUGUCAUCUCGGGCGGUUCGGAAAUCAGCGGCAUAAGCCAUGCAGCCGCGAAGAAAAGCACUUGGAACGCCAAGCACGGCCUAGAGGCAGCUAAGCCAAAACGCCUGCUCCUAGGAACAGACGAGAUAAGUUUCACAGCCAAGGAGCAGGAGAAAGUCCUCACUCCUCACCACGACACCAUGUUUAUCUCGCUCUCUGUAGCGAACUGCCUGGUAAAAAUGAUAAUGGUAGAUAAUGGAAGCUCAGGCAACAUCAUCUUCCAGGCCACAUAUAAGGACCUGGGGCUGGACGAAGGCGGUCUAACUCGAAGGACAACCCCCCUUAUAGGGUUCAGCGGGGAGGUCAAUGAUGUUAAGAGUUUUCGAGACUCUUAA